UUUUCUUUGUGAUGUCAUCAUAAUAAUUUUGUGUUUAUUUACUUGCAACAUUUUUUGUACACGUCAAAGUCAAAACUCUUUCCGGCUGUCUUUUCGAGGUUUGGUGUCACUUUGUGAAGAUCACAAUGGGGCGCCGGCCAGCGAGAUGUUAUCGGUACUGUAAAAACAAACCGUACCCUAAGUCACGGUUCUGUCGUGGUGUGCCCGACCCGAAGAUCCGUAUCUUCGACUUGGGUAAGAAGAAGGCGACCGUGGACGACUUCCCGCUAUGCGUCCACUUGGUGUCUGACGAGUAUGAGCAGCUGAGCUCGGAGGCGCUGGAAGCCGGCCGUAUCUGCUGCAACAAGUACCUGGUGAAGAACUGUGGUAAAGACCAGUUCCACAUCCGCAUGAGGCUUCACCCCUUCCAUGUGAUCCGCAUCAACAAAAUGUUAUCGUGUGCCGGAGCCGAUAGGCUCCAAACCGGGAUGCGUGGUGCGUUCGGCAAGCCGCAAGGUACCGUAGCCCGCGUGCGCAUUGGCCAGCCCAUCAUGUCGGUGCGCUCCAGUGACCGUUGGAAGGCGCAGGUCAUCGAGGCUCUGCGUCGUGCCAAGUUCAAGUUCCCUGGUCGCCAGAAGAUCUAUGUCUCCAAGAAGUGGGGCUUCACCAAGUACGAGCGCGAGGAGUUCGAGAAGCUGCGUGACGAGGGCAGGCUGGCCAAUGACGGCUGCAACGUUAAGUACCGCCCCGAGCACGGACCCCUCGACACCUGGAGGAAGUUCCAGACCGAGAUCCACAAUGUAUAAAUUUUGUAAUCUAUAAUACACUCCAAAACAUCUGAA